CUCUCAAUCUAUACUUCAAACACACACCCACAGGGAGGAGCCGGAGACGAAGACGAUUGUGGUAGCCGGCCACUGUGAGUGGUGGUCCGGCGAAGGUACGACGGUGGCAGCAUAGACCCGACGGGUCAGAAUUUCACAGGAAACCACCACCACAGCGGUUGCGCUAUGGUGGAUGGCGUCGGAUGGUUGUAUCGGACGAAAGAGAGACAGAGAAAGUGACGAGAGAAUGAGAGAGAGAGAGAGAGAGAGAGAGAGAGAAAGAGAGACCGGAGAUGUAAAGGGGAAGCCGUCGGCUCCGGCGCGUGGGAGGAAGACGAGCAAGUGGAGGAGAACGGCGGCAGCGGACUCGUUUCUGUGCAGAGAGAGAGAGAGAGAGAGACGGAAAAAGGAGAUGCCGGUGUCGAGCUCCGGUGAGCUGCGGUGGCGGCAGACGGGGGCGCCGCCGUCUGCAGUGACGAUGGUGGUGGUUUUUGUUGUAUUUCAGUUUUGCUCAGUCGGUUCAAAGAUUCGAGAUGUGUUUGGCUCGGAUUCGAGUUAUGUUUGGGAACCGGGUCUCAUUUCGGGUCGGCUCAAAAGAGUAGUUCAGAUUACAGGUUCUGGCCGACAAGCAGUGACGUUACACUCCGGGGUCAGCCGGGUUUGGUUCAACCCGGUUCGGAAGCAUCAGGUCGGCGGCUCAGUCAAACCGGGUCAGAUUCAGAGUUGUUCGGGUCAAGCUUCGGCUCGGUCUCGAUUCGGGUCUUGCAGUUCGGUAGCGAGUUAUUAUUACGUUAGUUUAGAUUUUAUUUAGUUAACGCGCACCGAGCUUGAACCGAUACUUUAGUGACUUGUUACGUUUGGCAUUUUGAUAGAAAUUUUAUAUAUUGUGUUUAUAUUGUUGAGUUUUGAAAAGAUAACGACAACUUGAGUA